UCUACUGGCGUUUCCGAUUUAGUACUCCAUGUAACCCCGAACCGAAUGGCUGGUGUGUGGUCUCGCUACUUGUAUUCUUCCAACUUUCCAUACGAACGUGACGAAACGAAAACCUCCGCGAGUGUUAAAGCCGUUAUAGCGAGACUUCGUUUGGCUUUCAAUUUUAUUAUAUUUUUUUUUUUUACCUCUGACUCGCUAGUUUGAAAUUUUUCGUUUGGCUCUCUCUUCGGUAGUCCUUUGAGGAUAUUGCUGCAUGCUGCCAAUUUUCUUGUUUGUUUUAUAUUUUUUUUUUACGUAUCACCUCUUGCAAUCAUCACCUUCUAGAGUGUUAAGCUUGUUCUCUAGUGUUUUUGUUUGAGCAACAUCCCCAUAUUAUACCGUUACCGACCCCAACACACAAAAGAGGCGUUAAAUUUGUCCUGCCACGCCACACGUCGCUUUCGUCUUCAUUGUCGUCGUCUUGGUCGUCGUAGCCCGUCCUGAUAAAUCAUCACCGUCAUUAUCAAGACGACAAAGCAUCUCUCGCCGUAUCCUUUCGUGGUUUGUUUACUCUUUGUGUCGUACUCGUCCUUGUGAUGAAGUGAUGAAAGAUGCGAUAAAGAAAGUGUCUUUUUUUUUGUUUUUUCUUGAAUUAUGCUCAAAGGGGUGAUAGUGUGGGAAGGUUUUGUAAUUUAUUCCCCAAAUAAAGGGUUUAGAAGAUAAAAAAAAGGGUUGCUGCACAGGUUAAAGCGAUACCUAUAUAACUCGAGUGUUUUUUUUUCUGUGUGUGUUUGCCUUCGGUUUGUAAUAGAUACGUUUUGGGACUCGAAAGUCGACACGGUAGUGUGCUUAGUUGUGCGUAUGACAAAUACAAUUUGCUUUUUGUCGUGUUUAACGUUUUAAUGUCAUUGCCACGAUUGUGUUUCUAUUAACCAUUACCUACCCUUUAGCGGAUGUGCGAUAACCUGUGAAAUUGUUUUUUUGUGAAUAUACAUAUUUACUCCCGUAAUUUAUGGUUGGUUAUUGUUCAAAUGCAUAUUGAAAUGUCAAUUCAACAAGAAUAAGUGCAAAAACAACAACAAAAAAAAAGGAUUCAAAAAGUAAUAAAAAUAAGUCAUUUGUGCUUUUUACGGCAUCUUACCUUUUCAUUUAUUUGAUUGGAAAUUAAUGAAGAAAAAAACAUUUUUGGAAUUUUUUUUACGUUGAGUUCCAAAGACAUCCGUCAUCAUCGUUGUCGACGUUGAAGUUGAGGACGUCUCUAUUCGCGUAUAUAGCAGUUGUUGUAUAGGAUCCUUAGGAUUUUAUUGAAUUUUCUUCGAUAUUUCAAAAUAAAACGAUAGGAAGAAAGGAGCAAAGAAAAAAACCAGGUCAUCUAUUGGAGUUUGAGAUAUCAAUAACUCCAAUAACAUCAAAGAUCAGCAAGUGAAUACCUACCGUAAAAGGAUUACGACCAAAAGCAUAGUUUUAAUAUAGAAACAGUACUUAAUAAACAAUACACAGUUAUUGUAUCUGCAAUUGCUAUAUAGAAAAAGCAGCAGACGCAGCAUUGAAACACAAGGCAUCCCAAAACUGACGGCAUAGGUACCAGUACCAGCAGCAACGGUUCUUAUGAUUCAACGGUAACACACAGCUUUCCUCGCUCACAAAAUAGCAGCAUCGAAUCGAACAAGAAGCAAGCAACAGCAGUUAAAGGGUGGCAAGGCAUCGUGGAAAGAAUUCGGUAAAAGGCUCCAAGAUGCUCCUUAAAUGGUUCGUCCUUUGCCUUUGGGCAAUGCCUGUACUAACCGGAACAAAAAAAUGCCCCAUGGAAUGUUCGUGUUCAACGGACGAAAAAGAUCGCUAUCAAACGCUUUGUUUAAGAGGCGGCUUAUCAGCAUUUCCUGCCAGUCAAUUGGAUCCCGAUGUCAGAGUUGUUAUCAUCAAAGGACCAAAAAACUCAAUAACAAUUGGACCGAUUUUUAAAUCAUUUGUUAAGUUAGAAAUCCUCAAGAUAACUGACUCGAAUGUUCCUGCAAUUGGACAUGAGACAUUCUGGGGAAAUGUUCAUUUAAGGAUAUUGGAUCUUUCGAAAAAUAAUAUAACUAAUGUUUCUGAAAACAAUUUCCGAGGCCAAGACAAUCUACACGAGCUGGAUUUAUCGAAGAAUAAAAUCUAUAGCAUGGCAACACUUACAUUUCGCCAUUUAACGGAUUUAAGGCGACUCAAUUUGGCAGACAAUUCCAUUGAGGAAUUAGUUCAUAGAAAUUUUUUCAUGUUAAAUAAACUUAAGUUCCUCGAUUUAAGUGGAAAUCCAUUGCAGGAUCUUCAACCGGAUGUAUUUCGUGAUGUACCCGAGCUCAAGGUACUUAAGUGUCGGAAUUGCCAAUUGAAAAAGAUAAAUCCACAUCUGUAUGAUUUUCUGCCACAUUUAAGUGAAUUGGACUUUGGACGAAACGAGUUUAAAUUCAUGGACAAAGACGAGUUUAGAGAUGUGAAACGAUUGACGAAAGUACUUUUGGAUGGGAAUCAACUAUCAGUGGUUGUCGAUGAACUGUUUCGUAUGCAAAAAAGCUUAGAACAUUUAGAUCUUUCAUAUAAUCGUUUAGCAAAAGUACCCAACGAUGCAUUUCAAAAUUUAAUGAAUCUUACAUAUCUCGAUUUAUCGUAUAAUAAAUUAGUGCGAUUAGAACCACAAUCAGUUCGGCGAUUGACUAGUUUACAAACGCUUAAUAUUAGCGGAAAUACUCAAAUGGAUCUGCACGAAAUUCGGGACACUUUUGAGCUGAUUCCACAACUGACGUCGUUAGCUAUUGCCGACAUGGGAAUACUGCCCAUGGGACUGUUAGUGCCUUUCAAACAAUUGCGCUAUUUGAACAUAUCUGGAAAUCAUUUGGACAAUAUGUCCCUACAAGUCAUCGAUCCAUGUCGGGAGCUUGAGUUUUUGGAUUUGUCACGAAAUCAAUUGUACGGCAUCAACGAGGAUACAGCACUAAGGAUACAAAGUAUUCGCAAUGUGCGACUGGACAACAAUCCUCUAAUUUGUGACGAAUGUCACAUGGGAAAAUUAAUUAAUAUUGUUAGACAUCUGCAAUGGAAGUGGGACACAUAUCCGAUUUGUUUUUUGCCAAAAAGUUUACGAGGUGCUGAAAUUACGGACCUUGAUAUUACUGGAUUGGAUACGUGUUUGGAAUUUAUUACCGACGAAGAAAAGGAUGCUGCAAGCACAUCGCAUAAUUUUCUUGAAAGGGGUGGUCUUAAUACACUUGCAAUUUUGGGCGGUAUUAUAUUUGUUCUAAUUGCCAUCAUUAUCCUGGCGAUGGCUGUUUGUUUCUCAAGACAUCGUGCUCGUUACUACACGCGAGAAGACCGACGUGCUGGAGGCGAUGGUAAAUGUUUGGAAAAGAAUUCCGAUACAUCACCCGCAAUUACUGGCAACGAAAUCAACUUCAAGUUCCCAAUUGAUGACCGAGUUUGUACGAUUGAUGAGCUUGUCUUGCCACCGGCACCACCUCCACCCACAAAAUCACCCCCAGGUCCACUCACACAGAAUCAACAAACAGUUGCAACAUCUCAAGCCCAGACGAGUAUACAUUUGCCGGUGGCGGCCAAAGCAACAGCAAUAACAGUUCCAACACACACAGCGUCAGCUAUAACAGGACGACAACCAACGACUGCUUCGCCCAUAUCCUGUUCUUCCUCCCAGCAUCAGUGUCAAUCGCAUUCAAACAUUGUGAUACCACCAACAGCAUCAGCGACUGAAUCCCGGGAAAUAACAUCGGAAUCAACUCCUACCAACGACCAAAUGCAACUAAACAUUACCCCUACAACGACUACAGAAACCAUAGUGGAAGUUGAUUCGAAUUGACCUCCACCGAAUGCAAGCGGCCAAAAUUAAUUGUGUUCGCGAUCCCAUCGUAUUUUUUUUUAUUCUUUCUGAACGCACCAACUUCCGCACAGUCAAAUUGAUUUCGUUGGGUAUCUAGGGUGCAAUCACUUUGGUCGGUGAUGCAGUAUCCCCAUUGGUUUCUUAGAAUUCUUCUUCGCUUGAUUUUUUCAUAUCCGUUCAAAUUUCGAUUAUAAAUUGAGUUCAUGGAAUUCAAGUAGGCGGUUACUUCGAACAAGACUUGCAAUUUUUUUAACCAAUAAUGUCAUUAUUUUUUAAUUAUUUAUAAUCAAAAAUAAAUCAAUUAGAUAAAAUAAGAUAUUUUUUCUUCACAUCUUUUUUUUUUUGUUACAAAACUC